AUGCGAGAGGUUGGCGGCGAAUAUGUUGAAGCCUUGCUCCGUGAUGUCCAGGGAAAUCCACCUUCCGUGCCAUUCUUCUCUUCUGUCACUGGCACAGGAAAGCCUGAACAGGUUGCUUUGGACGCGAAGUAUUGGCAGAGAAACCUGGAGUCACCCGUUCUCUUCAAGACGGCAAUUGCCGCAGUCCUCGACCAGAUUGAAAAUGUCACCUUUUUGGAGAUUGGGCCACAUCCAGCACUCGCAGGGCCCGUCAGACAAAUUAUGACACAAGCUUCGAGCUCAGCACCAUACAUCGGAGUCAUGGAGCGUGGUUCGGACUGUGUUGAGACAUUUUUGAUCGCGCUCGGAAAGUUGUUUGAGCUGAACGUCUCGAUCGACUUUGUUUGA